AUGCCAGAAUUCAUUCCGGCGGAGACGAUGGAGGAUUACCGCGAGGCCGAGGCGCUGCUGCGGGAGUAUGAGGCCGGUCUUGGAAUCGACCUGUGUUUUCAGGGUUUUUCUGAAGAACUGGAAAGCCUCGAGCGUAUGUACGGCCCGCCGGGCGGGAGAUUUCUCAUCGUGCGCCAAGGAGAGCGGACUGCCGGAUGCGUCGCCCUCCGGGAUCUGGGCGGUGGAAUCUGCGAGAUGAAGCGCCUCUUCGUGCGGCCUGAUUUUCGCGGGCGCGGCCUGGGGAGAAAGUGCGCGGAGGAGAUCGUCUGCGCGGCGCGGGAGAUGGGUUACGCCUCGGUGCGGCUCGAUACGCUUCCCUCUAUGCGCGAGGCCAUGGCCCUGUACCGCUCGAUGGGUUUCAGGGAAAUUCCCCCUUACGCCGAAAACCCGGUGGAGGGGGUGGUUUCAUGGAGUUGGGGUUGGGGCCGAAAUGACAGAGUUAUGCAGGGGUUUGUAGGUGGCGGUUCCUCCCUCUCCGGUCGGAACCGACUCCACGGGACCGCCCCACGCAUAUAUGCGACCCGUGGUUUGAAGGCGAAAAAGCAGGGAGGCAUGUAUGCCUCCCCUACAAAAGGCGUAUUUCCUUCCUCGGUCGGAGCAACACCGUCAUCCGGCGUGCGCCGGAAUGACGGUGUUCUGUAG